UGUCCGCUGACAUUGGUUAUCGUCCCAGCCGAAAUUUCUGCUGCUGCAUUAUUGAUAAACUAUUGGAAUGACACUGUCAAUGACUCAGUAUGGGUUGCCAUGUGUCUUGUCGUCGUUCUCACCAUCAAUAUGCUCGGUGCUGGCGCUUACGGCGAGACGGAAUUCAUCUUCGCAUCCAUCAAGGUCAUCACAAUCACCGGUCUUAUUAUUCUCGGUAUAGUCGUCGAUUUGGGAGGUAGCCCAACCCAUGACCGUAUUGGAUUCCGCUACUGGAAAAAUCCCGGACCAUUCGUUCAGUAUAAUGGCAUCGAAGGUGCCAAAGGACGAUUCCUUGGCUGGUGCGCUGUUUUGACGCAGGCCGCUUUCUCGUUCAUUGGAACUGAGAUUGUUGCUAUUGCUGCUGGAGAAGCAAAGAAUCCUCGUCGUACCUUGCCCAAAGCCAUCCGUCGAGUAUAUAUCCGUAUAUUGGUUUUUUACAUCGCUGGCACACUCGUCAUUGGUCUGCUUGUACCAUCCAACAACCCAUUACUCAAAUUGACCAGUAGCACCGCCCGGUCUCCAUUCGUCAUCGCUAUCGAAUUGGCCGGAAUUAAAUAUCUUCCUUCAGUAGGCCGCACAUCCAACUCAUUGAAAUUAACGCAAUUCGUAGAUGGUCUUGCAGCCUCAAGAAAUGCUCCGAAGUUCUUCCUCAAAACUACACGCAACGGGUUGCCUUACGUUGCUGUCCUCUUCUGCUCCUCUUUUUCCCUUCUUGCCUUCAUGGCUGUGUCAACAAGUGCGGGUUCAGUGUUCGUUUGGUUUUCCAACAUGACAGCCGUCGCUGGCCUUAUGUCAUGGUUUGGUAUUUCGGUGACAUAUCUCCGCUUCUACAAGGGCAUGCAGGUCCAAGGCAUCGACCGCAAGACGCUCCCUUAUUACACAAAUCUCCAGCCAUACGCAGCGUGGUGGGCAACCGUUUCAACGAUCACCAUCUGUUUUUUCAGCGGAUGGACCGUCUUUCUCGAAGGAAAUUGGAGUACUGUAACCUUCGUCACCAACUACAUCCUUUUUAUUACCUGGCCGAUCCUGUACGUUGGCGCUCGCUUCUACUAUGGCACCAAGCCCGUUGCUGCAGAGGACAUGGACUUCACGAGCGAUCUAGCUGAAAUCGUGGCGGACUCAUACGACGAACCCCCACCAAGAAACAAGAUGGAAGCAUUCUGGCAAUGGCUGGUGAGCAUAGCUGCUCCACUUGGCAAUUUUUGACACUACUAACAUCACCCCACUCGUAGAUGUAAUUAUACCUGCAAUAAUACCUGGUUGUUGUAUGUUACUGCCAACUCUACCAAUAU